AUGAAUCCCUCAACUACUCUUGACUUUAUGAAAUCUUGCGCUGAAAGCCGUGCCGCUUGCAUCAAUUGCGCUGAGCACGAGAACGCCGAAGGGUGCGCUAAUCAAUGUCGUACGAAUGCUGUGCUUGCCGAGUGUACCCAACAUCUUAUCGCAUUGAACGCCCCACAAGCGACCGAGGUUGCGCAAUUGGCAAUCGACUCUGCUAAAAAGUGCGACGAAAAAUGUUCUCAGCAUCAAAAUUCUCAUUGUCAAGCAUGCUCCAAGGCUGCCAAAAAUCUUGCCGAAGUUUUAGCUCAGUAUCAACAUCAGGCCAAAUAA